AGAUCCUGUGCGGGCGGGUAGGCAAGGAGAAGCAAGGGGGCGUGGUUGGUCAACGCGGGAGCGCGUGGGCGGCCGGGCGCGUGCGUGUCGCGUGCGUCCCGCCGUUCCCGGCCUUCCCCGCGCGCUCCCUCUCGCCCCCCCUUACCUAGCCGGCCUCCCUGCGAAGACGCCAAAAUGGCGGCCAGUAACUACUAUGGGUUUGCAGCCGGUGCUGUCGCUGGCCCUCAAUACAGUGCCCAGCCUGCUCCAGCUUAUACCCACCCACCCACGGUAGCAAGCUACACUGUCCAGCAGACACCAGGGGUGGACCACACUGUAGUGCCCACCUACGCUCCAGCUGUGCAGGCUGCCAGGCCCAUGGCCUCAGCAGCAUAUGGGGGCUACCAGGCACAUGCGACACAGGACUACGGCUAUGGGGCACGGCAGCCGGAGCCAGCUCCUCAGCCUGCUGCAGCACAGAACUAUCAGCAGGACGGCUACAGUUACGGACGUUCCCCAUCCGCAAGCAGCUACGAGACCAAACCCUAUUACCAAGCAGUGGUCACGCAGUCCCAGCAUCUGGCCACAGACUCAUAUUACCACUCAAACUCUCAGAGCAGCUACAGCCAGCCUACCACAGUGUAUGGCCAAAGCCAGCCCCAGAGGCAGGUGACUCCAAUUAAGCCGGUGCAGACUGUGAAUGCUCCAUCGUCCGCCUACAGCACAUACCCAACAGCGACAACAGGUCAGCAGAAUGCUGCCUCUGUCUCCUCCAUCCAGUCGUACACCCCUUCCUCCUCUUCAUACACCUCUUCCUCGUACAACUCCUCUCCUGCUUCUUACUCGGGGUCAAACUACUCCAACUACGACGCAGCCGCUGCGUACACGGUGGCCAACACUUCUUACUACCAGCCCACCCAACAGCCUCUCGUGCAGCCCCUGCAGCAGCUGCCUCCACAACAGCAGCCCCCUCCGACGCAGCCACCGAAGCCUGUGCAGAGCUCCAUGUGGGGCAGUGGUGGUGGUGGCAACACUGCUCCAAGUGGCAGCUACAACAAGAAGCCAUCGUUUCCUCCCAAGCUGCUGAAGCCCAAAGGGCCUCCCAAACAGCCUCAGCUUCACUACUGUGAGAUAUGCAAGAUCAGCUGUGCUGGUCCCCAGACUUAUCGGGAGCAUUUAGAAGGACAGAAGCACAAAAAGAAGGAGGUGGCAUUGAAGACGGGGAACCAAGCCGGUGGUGGCCCUCGUGGGGUCCAGACCCAGCUCUAUUGUGAGCUUUGCGAUGUGUCCUGCACCGGAGCAGAUGCUUACGCGGCCCACAUCCGAGGAGCCAAGCACCAGAAGGUUGUCAAGCUGCACACAAAAUUGGGUAAGCCCAUCCCUUCCAUUGAGCCUGUGGUGGUCAACUCCUCAUUGGGACCUGCCAAUGGCUCAGCCAGCAAGCAAAAUCUACAUGCUGCCGUGCCAGCCAAGCAAGCUUCGGGGAUAACAAACAGCGUACUUGGCUUGAACAAAGAGAUUCCAGCAAAGAAACCUGUCAUUGCAACCAAGUUGACGUUUACAGGAACCAGCAAGCUGCAGGCGCCCAGCGUGAAACAAGAGGUGGCCGCAAAAGGGUCGUCUCCCAAAGUGGGGCUUCCAGUGGAACAGCUCCCGCUCGAUGGGAGCGGUCCAGGAGAACUGCUUGAUGUGCAUCCUGUAGGCUAUGAUUACGUGGAAGAGGUGCACAACGAAGAAGGGAAGAUGAUCCGUUUCCACUGCAAGCUUUGUGAGUGCAGCUUCAACGACCCCAAUGCCAAGGACAUGCACCUGAAGGGACGGCGGCACAGGAUCCAGUACAAGAAGAAGGUCAACCCUGACCUCCCGGUGGAGAUCAAACCCAGCAACCGACUCCGGAAGCUGCAUGAGGAGAAGCUGUUGAAGAAGCAGCAGUUGAGAGCCCUGGUGAAGAGGCGCCGAGAAGAACAGCAGCGCUGGCACCUGGAGAUGAGGCGCUACGAAGAGGAAAUGUACUGGCGGAGAGUUGAGGAAGAGCAGCUGUACUGGGAGGAGCAGCAGCGGCGGCGUCUGGCUGCAGACUGGCGCCCUCCGCCUCUCAUGGGCAGGCCGGGAGUACCAGUUCCCCCUCUCUUGCCCACCUGGCGGCCAGACUCUUCCGAUGAUCGACACGUCAUGACAAAACACUCCAGCAUCUAUCCUACGGAAGAAGAGCUUCAGGCCAUUCAGACAGUGGUAUCGCACUCUGAACGUGCCCUAAGGCUUGUCUCUGACUGGCUUACGGAACAAGAAUCAGGGAAAGAAGAAGGAAGUAAAGAGCCUGGGAAGACUGAAAGCUUGCCUCGGGUGCUGAAAGGGGUCAUGCGAGUUGGUGUCUUGGCGAAAGGGCUGCUUCUCCGUGGGGACAGGAACGUUCACCUCAUCCUACUGUCGGCCCGGAAGCCGACACUGACUCUCCUCCAGAGCAUCGCUGAGCAGUUGCCUGAGCAGCUGGGGAAGGUGACAAAAGAUGGUUAUGAAGUUGUGCCCAACGUGAAGGAAGCCAAUAUCGUCAUUGCCUCGUCCAAGGACCCCAAAAUGCAAGUGACGGUGUCACUCACCUCUCCUCUGAUGAGAGAAGAUGCUCCUGCUACUGAACCAGAGGCAUCAUCAGAGCCUCAGCUUGACUCUUCCGACACCUUGGAUAAGGAGAAAUGCCUGGAGUCACUGGCUGCUCUUCGCCAUGCUAAAUGGUUCCAGGCCCGAGCGAAUGGUCUGCAGUCAUGUGUGAUCAUCAUCAGGGUGCUGCGGGACUUGUGCCAGCGUGUGCCAACAUGGGGCGCUCUUCCAGAUUGGGCAAUGGAGCUCCUGGUCGAAAGGGCCCUGAGCAGUGCUACGGGGCCACUGGGUCCUGGCGAGGCCAUACGGCGAGUCCUUGAAUGCAUCGCCACCGGAAUGCUCCUGGCAGAUGGCCCUGGGCUUCAAGACCCCUGUGAGAAGGAGGCGACAGACGUUUUGCAGAGCAUGAGCCGGCAGGCACGGGAGGAGGUCACAGCCAGCAGCCAGCAUGCCCUGCGGAUGCUGGCUUUCCGUCAGAUCCACAAAGUGCUCGGCAUGGAACCCUUACCAUCACCCAAAAGCAGACCUGGUGUUCACAGCCGGAAAAGGCGAAGGGACACCGAUGAGGAAACAGAGGGCGAAGGGGACGGGAAGAAGGAUAAGAAAGAGGACGACAAGGCCUAACCACUGUUGCAGGAUUGGCUAAGCCAAUAUUGACAUGACUUAACUCUUUUAUAUAUAUAAAUAUAUAUAAAAAUAUAUAUAUUAUGUUGCUGUUUAAUCUAAAAUUUGGUAAUUUCGAGUGUUUUUUCUCUUUCUCCCCCAACCCCUUGGAACAGCAUACUGUAGAUUGUUUUACUGUGCUUGAAUCAUUAAAGGGAUUCCAUCA